GCCAGGGCUCUGGGGAACUUGCUGACCACAUCCUGGGCUGCUGAAUAUUAUCUCCUAAGAGGAUCACGUGUCCACCCUGUCCCCAGCCUUUGGGACCACCAUGGCCCCCACACUGUGUGCCCUGCUGUGUUUCAUGGGGCUGUGUUGGUGCCGGCUGACCUGGGCACAAGAGGGUGAGUCCUUCCCCCCAAUGCCUGCUGCUGCUCCUGCCUGUUCAGCACUGAGAGCUGUCCCGGGGGCAGCGGGAGGGAAUGGAAGAAGCGGGUCUGGGCAGAUGGGCAGCUUCUGGGCCGGAGAUGUGGGGAGGCCGGGGAUGGGGGGACCCUCUAGGGCGCUGGGCUGCCGGUCUCUUCCAGACGCAUCUCGCAGACCCUCCCUCACGGCUGAGCCGGGCUUGGUGAUCCCCCGGGGGCAGCCUGUGUCCUUCCGCUGCCAGGGGCCUCCCGGGACGAAGCUGUACCGGCUGAAGGAGGAACUGAGGCAGCAGUUUAUGGAUCUGCCUGCAGCGGAGGGGAGGGGCCUUUUCUCCGUGGAAACCGCCCCAAACACUGCCGGGAAUUACUCGUGUCAGUACAAAAUCCAGACAGUCUGGUCAGAGCCCAGCAACACCCUGCAGCUGGUGGUGACAGGCCUCUAUGAGCCACCGUCCCUGUCAGCCCUGCCGGGCCCCAACGUGACGGCGGGCCAGAACGUGACCCUCCGCUGCCAGGCAGAGUUGUGGUUCAGCAGCGCAGCUCUGGCCAAGGACGGAGAAACGGUCGGCUUCGGCUCGGCCCUGCACACUGGCCCGGGCUCUCGGACCGACUUCCUCCUCGCUGCGGUGAGCGAUGCCCAACAGGGCACGUACCGCUGCUACAGCUUUCACGGAGCAGCCAGCGCGGAGUGGUCCUCCCCCAGCGCCCCCGUGGAGCUCCGGCUCACAGAGACCUUCUCUGAAUCUAAGGAAAGGACCUUAGAUGCUGCUGCCCUGGAUUACACUGUGGGCAAUCUGGUCCGCCUCAUCUUGGCUGGGCUGGUCCUCGUCCUCCUGGGAAUCCUGCUGAUUGAGCACUGGCAGAGCUCCAGGAGGCACAAGCAGCAGUUCAGAGAACCAUGUCUGAGUAGUCUGAGUAGACCAGCUCCAGAGGUUGCGGUAAAGGAAGAUCACGUGUCCACCCUGUCCCCAGCCUUUGGGACCACCAUGGCCCCCACACUGUGUGCCCUGCUGUGUUUCAUGGGGCUGUGUUGGUGCCGGCUGACCUGGGCACAAGAGGGUGAGUCCUUCCCCCCAAUGCCUGCUGCUGCUCCUGCCUGUUCAGCACUGAGAGCUGUCCCGGGGGCAGCGGGAGGGAAUGGAAGAAGCGGGUCUGGGCAGAUGGGCAGCUUCUGGGCCGGAGAUGUGGGGAGGCCGGGGAUGGGGGGACCCUCUAGGGCGCUGGGCUGCCGGUCUCUUCCAGACGCAUCUCGCAGACCCUCCCUCACGGCUGAGCCGGGCUUGGUGAUCCCCCGGGGGCAGCCUGUGUCCUUCCGCUGCCAGGGGCCUCCCGGGCCGGAGCUGUACCGGCUGAAGAAGGAAGGGGCCGAGCAGUUUAUGGAUCUGCCUGAAGCGGAGGGGGGGGGCCUUUUCUCCCUGGAAACCGCCCCAAACACUGCCGGGAAUUACUCGUGUCAGUACAAAAUCCAGACAGUCUGGUCAGAGCCCAGCAACACCCUGCAGCUGGUGGUGACAGGCCUCUAUGAGCCACCGUCCCUGUCAGCCCUGCCGGGCCCCAACGUGACGGCGGGCCAGAACGUGACCCUCCGCUGCCAGGCAGAGUUGUGGUUCAGCAGCGCAGCUCUGGCCAAGGACGGAGAAACGGUCGGCUUCGGCUCGGCCCUGCACACUGGCCCGGGCUCUCGGACCGACUUCCUCCUCGCUGCGGUGAGCGAUGCCCAACAGGGCACGUACCGCUGCUACAGCUUUCACCGAGCAGCCAGCGCGGAGUGGUCCUCCCCCAGCGCCCCCGUGGAGCUCCGGCUCACAGAACGGACAAAUGCAGACCCAGGACGAGACUUACAGUCAGGCUUCACCAGCCUCAAAGUGGGCAUCCUGGUGGGCGUCUCGGCCUUCCUGGUCCUGACCUUCCUCUUCCUCUCCCUCCGUCGUUGGUGCCCGUCCAGACUCGGGAAAGGGGGCAGAGACACGGAAGUCAAGACCGCCAGGAGACCUGACCCAGCCAGGACCACUCAGGGGGAGACCAUGUUUGCUGCUGUGAGUGAUGACAGACAGGCUGAGGAGGCCAGACAAGAGGACACUGCUCUCCAACGAGAAGGCCCUCAGGAAGUGACCUACGCCCAGCUGGACCACAAGAGCCUCAAGCGUGGGGCGGAGCCCCCUCCCCCAUCUGGGCCAGUGGAGCCCAGUGUCUAUGCUGUCCUCCCUCCAGUGAGCUCAGCCUGAGCCCAGGGGACCCCCGGAGGAAGCUGCAGGCUGGACUGUUGGCCCCAAAGCCUGGGGUUUCAUGUGCCUUCUCAAGGGAGACAGAAGGGCAGGAUGUGGCACAUAGCUUUGGGGUCUCUGGCCCAGGACUUGUGAGCCAAGCCUGGAGGACCCACCGUGAUGGGAAGAGGCCAGGCGGCCACCAGCCAGGAAGACCCACAGGUCCUGGCAGAUUAAACGUCCAUUUCUGAUAUCCAACUA